UCCAGUGUCCACUCCACGGGAUGCCCUCCGUACUCGUCGCCUUGGCCGGCUGCCCCACAGUGCUAAGGCCGGUGGGUCAGCGACUGGCGACAGGUACGGCGGUUACUUCCUUCGGACCCUUGGUCCGAAUGCCCUGGCAAGUAGAUUAGUAGAAGGAUGCAAAUGUACCCUUGCGUCAUUGGGGUGUGAUUCGCCAACCGACUGGCGAAGUCGAUGGUGCUUCAAUAAGGCAACUGAGGCUGAGAUAGUAUGGAACCGAGGUCGCAAGAGCAAUCAAUGAGAGUCAGCACGUCGUCUUUCUGACUGGAUGGUCUGAAGGGUGCCUGCUCUGACCCUGGCCCUAGUCCCAUCGUAUAUGCGGACUCUGUAUGAGUCAAAGCUCGUGGUGGCAUGGAUCUCUUUGUUUCUUUGGUAAACGAUCCCUGAUUCCUCUUCGCGGUCAUCGCAGACACGAAUAUGCGCAUCAAUAUAUCUUAGUUUGAGGGGAGAUGCCUUUCUCGUCAGUGCCAUUCCAAUCCCGCCCGAGGCGCUGAAUAGUCCAGUCGGGGUCCGUAAAGGGAAGUUCAGUCCCUACAAUAUCGCUCCGCCACCCCGCUUCAUGGCCAGCCUGACGUGUCUCGUACGGUAUAACGCUUCGGCUCAGCCAUCUUUCUGCGACUCCUCUUUUUAAAACAACGGAAACAGCACGAGGGUCUCCCGUGUGAGACAGCUUGCGACUUAAACCCCCUUUCCGAUCAUCAUGCGUGGCACCGGUUCCAUGCCCAUCGGCUAUCGAUGGCGCUCAUCCAAGUGGUUCAUCAUUGGGACAAUCUGCAUCGCUCUGUUCGCGGACACCUUCCUCUAUGCCUUCCUGGUUCCCAUUUUGGGCUACAUGUUCGAGACCCGUCUCCAUAAAGACUUCUCCGAACUCCAGUGGUAUACGUCGGCCAUCCUUGCCCUCCAUGGCUACAUCUGCGCGCUCUCUGCGGUCUUCAUCGGCCAUUUUGCCGACAAGUCCGCCAACCGCAAAACGCCCCUGGUGAUCUCGCUCAUCGGGUGCAUCAUCGGCACGUUUAUGAUCGCCUGGUGCAGUUCCCUCACCGUUCUCUUCGCGGGUCGCGUCUUGCAAGGGGUCGCGGGGUCCGUCGUCUGGAUCGUCGGCCUCGCGACCAUAGCAGACACCGUCGAGCAGGAUGCUAUCGGCACGUCCAUGGGCUUUGCCAUGUCCUUCGUCAACGCCGGCAUGAUUAGCGGACCCAUGACCGCGGGGCUGCUGCUGGAGCUGGUGGGAUACUGGGCGACAUGGUCCGUCCCGUUGUUGGUCUUGGGCAUCGACGUUGCCAUGCGAAUGGCGAUGAUUGAAACCCGGGAACCGCCCCCUUCAGCAGAAGAGACCGCGAGUCUUCUUCCCGACGCCCAGUCAUCCUCUACUACGCCCACCACCACUACUACUCCCACUCCCACCCCAGAAUCCAACUUCUGGUCCGUCAUGCUCUGCGACAGCCGCCUGAUCGUCGCGCUACUAGCCCAGAUCACCAGCGUCUCCAUCAGCGUAGGCUUCAGCGCGACGCUCCCCUUGCACGCCCAGCAGGUCUUCGGCUGGGGCACCUCCCUCGUCGGUGUCGCAUUCGCCUAUCUCACCGUCCCGGGUAUAGUGUUUGCUCCCGUGUCCGGCUGGCUCCGCGAUCGCGUCGGCAUCCGCGUCCCCUCCGCCAUCGGGUUCAUCGUCCAAGGGAUCCUCCUAUCCUUUCUAGGCAUGGUGGGAGACGACCGCUUUCCUUGGACCGGGGGACGGAAGCACGGCCCUGCGCUGUACGCCGCAACUCUCGUUGCUCUCGGAAUUGUACGGCCUUUUGGGUCUGGUGUUGCAACUCUUGAAGCCACUGCGGUAGUCAAAGAGUACGAAGAAAAACAACCCGGGAUAUUCGGCCCCGCGGGCGGGCUUUCGCGCGUGAUGUCCAUGGUGGAAAUCGCAGCCUGUCUGGGCUUGGCGUUCGGGCCUAGCGUCGCGGGGUAUCUUGUCGAGACAAUGGAUUAUGCUGUUAUGAACUGGUUCUGGUGUGCGGCGUGUUUGGUCAUGGCUACUUUGAUAUACUGUUUUCUGGGGACUACACAGGUGGAUGGGCAUGUCGAUGGACAGUGUGUUGAUGGGCAAAGGCAGGAUGAGUGACUGUGAUGGUGUCUUGGUAGUGAUUAUCCUCCCUACCAUCACAGUUGGAAGUAUAUACGAGCGGUGGUAGGAGACUUCAGGUCAAUUAUAUAAAAGCUGCCCAUAUCAUCAAUUUCACCAAGUCGCAGCACACAUGGAUCCACAACCGAAGCCAUAUUCCACCCAAACCCACAUUCUUAGACUGGGGGACCAACAAUACAGUAAAUAUAAAUUAGAAAGUGGAUAAAACCACCGCACCAUGGUUCGCACCCGCACCCAGCCCAG